CGCCGUGCCUCGCGCGGCGCCCAAACAAAUAUGGCGGCGGCGGCGGUGGGGCGGCGGCCAGGGGCUUGGGGGAGGCUCUGAGCGUGCGUUCAGGCGAGGAAAGUAAGCAAAGACUGUUUUGUCUUCACAAUGUUUGGGGACUUAUUUGAAGAGGAUUUUUCCUUUAUUUCAAACAAUCAUUGUGGAAAAGGGAAGAAAUCAAAGCCCAGAGAUUCUGAGCCUCCAGCUCCCAGAGAUUUCACCAACCUAAGCGGUAUCAAAAAUCAAGGUGGGACCUGCUACCUCAAUUCCCUUCUGCAGACGCUGCUUUUCACACCCGAAUUUAGAGAGGCACUGUUCUCGCUAGGACCUGAAGAGCUUGGAACUCUGGAUGAUAUCAAUAAACCAGAUGCAAAGGUUCGAAUAAUUCCACUGCAACUUCAACGGUUAUUUGCUCAGCUUCUGCUCUUAGACCAGCAGGCUGCGUCUACGACAGACCUUACUGAGAGCUUUGGGUGGAACAGCAAUGAGGAAAUGAGGCAGCACGAUGUGCAGGAAUUAAAUCGGAUUCUGUUUAGUGCUUUGGAGACUUCCCUUGUGGGGACUUCGGGUCAUGACCUUAUUAAUCGAUUGUACCAUGGAACUGUUGUCAACCAGAUUGUUUGUAAAGAAUGCAAGAAUAUCAGUGAGAGACAGGAAGAUUUCUUAGACCUAACAGUGGCAGUAAAAGGUGUAGCUGGCUUGGAGGAGGCCCUGUGGAACAUGUAUGUGGAAGAAGAAUACUUUGAAAAUGAGAACUUGUAUCGAUGCGGAGCCUGUGAUAAACUUGUUGAAGCUUCAAAGUCUGCUAAACUACGUAAGUUGCCUCCCUUUCUCACCAUUUCUCUCCUGAGAUUUAACUUUGACUUUGAGAAGUGUGAACGAUACAAGGAAACUAGUUGCUAUACGUUCCCUAUCCAGAUAAACCUGAGGCCUUUUUGUGAGCAGACUGAAAUGGAUGAUUCAGAGUACAUGUAUGAGCUCUUCUCUGUUAUUAUACAUAAAGGUGGCUGCUAUGGAGGACACUAUCAUGUUUAUAUCAAAGAUGUGGAUGAAUUAGGAAACUGGCAAUUACAAGAAGAUGAGGAUAGGCUAAUUGAACAUAAGGCUUUAAGAGAGAAUGAAAAUGCCAAAGAAACAGAAAAUCCACUGGCGGUGUUGAAAGGGAUUUUAUCAGAGGAAGAAUCUAAACAAAUUCCUGUGGAUCAAUUAGGGCAGAAGCUAUUGGAGAAAAAAAAGGUGUCCUGGAAUAAGAAAUACAGAAAACAAUAUGGAGCAUUACGAAAGUAUUUGCAAAAUCAUCCUCAGAUAUUUCAGUUCAGUCCUGACAAAAAUAAGGUUGGUCUAAAGGAAAAAUACAAGCUUCCAUUUCAGUCAGAUUCUCAAGGACUUGAUCUCCAAAGCCCUUCUCAGAAAAAUGAUAUCCAGUGGAAUUUAGAAAAAAUGUCUACAAGACUAAGGGACAUUUCUGUUGGUUGCCAUUGGUUUGAUCUGAAUGAUUCGAAAGUCCAACCGAUCAAGGAGGAGGAUAUUGAGCAACAAUUUCAGGGUAAAGAGAGUGCCUACAUGCUGUUUUAUCGAAAGUUGCAGUUGAAAAGACCUCCUGAAGCUCGAGGAAAUCCAAGGUACCAAAUUCCUGAACAUCUUCUGAAUGAAAUGAAUGCUGCUAAUACUGAGCUGCAAAAAAUGAGAGCGGAACGUGACUCAGCAAACAAUGGUAUUGAUUUACAUCUCCAUUUGAGCUCGUGUUACAAAUUUGAUAAUGGAGCUUUGCAUCCUUCACUUACUUGGAAAGAGAGUGUUCUGGAUCUGACUAUUGACAGAAGAAAAACUCUAGGAGAUCUUCGACAGUCAAUAUUCCAGAUAUUGGAAUCUUGGGAAGGAGACAUGAUUCUCAGUAAUGCCAAACCUUUACCAGCAGGACUGCAUCUUUACGAGAUUCUUGAUGGAGAUGAGCUGACACUGGACUGCUUUGGGCUGGCUGAUGGAGCAGAUGUUUUUGUGUGGAACGGGAAAGAGGUUGGUGGCACAAAGGUGAUGACAGGCCCUGAUCAUGAACCUGUGAUCAUAAACGUUCUUCGUUUGGCAGAGUAUAAUGAAGGAGGGAAGGGUCAACACUUCACAGAAUCGCAGCACAUCUUUCCGUGCAGCACAAAACUGGAGGAUCUGCACAGGGCCUUAGCGCCGUCAGGAGGAAUCAUUUUAAAGCAUGGCUCAGGACCUGAUAGAGAAGGCAAGAACUGGGAAGUUCUUGAAGAACAUAUGAAGGAAACGAUCAGAAGUGUUGGUCUGACAGAUGGAUGUUCAGUACUAAUCUUAGACAGCCAUGACCAGAGCUUUGUGAAUGUUUCAAGUGGCAAUUUGACUGCUUUUACGUACGACAUCAGCUGGCUCCAAGUUAAAAACUUCUGCGGAAUGGAAGAUGAAGAGAAACACGUUAAAAUUACUGCCACUAUUGAAACAGUGAUGUCAGAUAUCAAAAUGAAAGCAAUACAGGAGUUUCAACUAGACGAAGAGCUAGCAAGUGACAGUUGUCUUAGACCUGUUAGUGAAAAUGGGAAACUUCUCUCUCCAGUGCCUGAGGAUUAUACUGUCAAGGAAGCAGAACUGAAAACGGGAAGCUUGCUCGGGCUGUGUCGUGGAAAAGCUCUAACUUCCACACAGCUGCUCUUAUAUUUUAUUAUUGGGCACGACCAACAUAUGGGCCCUGAGAUGGAGAUAGUUGUGGAAGAGACUGCCUCUGUGAAAGAAUGUCUAAAUUUAAUGCUGGAAAAAUCUGGAUUAUCAGGUGACAGCUGGCAUUUGAGAAGGAUUGACUGGUGCUAUGAAGCAGGGGAAGCAUUAAGUCAGGAAAAUGCUACUCUGAAGGAACUUAAUGUUUGUAGAGGAGAUACUUUGGUUAUAACUGAAGGAAAGCUUCCACCAAAGGGCUUUCUGAAAAUUCCCAUCUGGUGGUUCAAGCCUUCAAGCCAUAUGAAACAUAGAGAAAAUGGACAAGACCAAGUGAAUGGGUUGACCUGCAGGAUGGACGAUUUGCAGGUGUCUCCUGCAGGAGGUGACUCACCAGAAUGCAUCCAAACAGACACGGAUUUGUGUUACGCUGGGAGUAUAGAAAUAGCAGGCGAAGCCACUUUGGAAGAUCUGAAGAUGCAGGCUAUGACUUUACCAUGCUGUCAGGAGCACGUUGUGCCACUGCCCACAUUUCUCAGAGCCUGGACAGUGGAAAGUAAGCGCCCAGGCAAGCUUUUACGACACAACAAGCAGCAACUCAAUGAAUAUAAGCUGGGUGCCAGAGUGGCAAUCUGCAUAGAACCUUUGCAAAAAGAAGAAAACUUGGGCCCACAUGAAUUGCUGCUUCGAGUACAGAUGGGCAUACCAGGGGAGAGGGACUACUAUGACUCCAUGGAUUUGGUGUGGGAUAUCUCCAAAGAAUGCACUACCUGGUCACUGAGGCAAAGAGUGGCUUCUCACUAUUGUCUCCCUGUAGAUAAAAUUGAAAUAGCCAAAUACUUCCCUGAAAAAUUUGAGUGGCUGCCAAUAUCUAGCUGGACUCAGCAAAUUUCAAAGAGAAAACGGAAGAAAAAACAGGAGAGUUUACAGUCAGCGCCUUAUCACCUGAAAGAUGGAGAUAUCAUUGGGGUGAAGAAUCUUCUCCUUGAUGACAGUAAGGACUUCAGCACAGUGAGAGAUGAUCUUGGAAAGGAGAAACAAAGACAGCUUGCAUUAGAAAAAAAGAAAAGUCGGCAAGCUGAACGCUUACAGGACCAUGUUUUGUCUGAGGAAAAACUGAAUAUUAAGCAACGUAAACCAGAAGUGGCUCUUUCUAUCAACGUGGGAGUCUUCAGAUAGCACAGGAGAUGCUUUGCUGAUGAGAACCUACUACCGAUGUACUGAAUUGGAGUACCUCAACUGGACCAGCAAGAGGGAUGCUUGUUCUCGAAGCGUCUUCAAGAAUCACCGAGACAAACUGGAUAUAGGAUUCAGGAUAACUGAUUUUCUUCUAAUCUCUCUUGGAAGUGCUUUUGCAUCCCUUUGUCAAUGUGGUACUUAUUCUCAGGCUAGGUAAAUGCACUUUAUUCGUGAGAAAAAUGAAUAAUAUAUUGUAUUACCCUUUUUGACUUUUUAUAAUCACCCUAAAUGCUCUUUUUCUCAGAUGCUGAUGUCUUGCACCAUCACUAUGAAGUUUGCUUCCUUUUUUAAUGCAGUCGUAAACAUAUCUUUUUAGAAGUUAUUUUUCCAUCUCUGAUCACUAAAGUUACUAGCAAUACCAGAGUUUACUUCUGUCUGUUUAUAUAUAAACCUAAAUCUGUAGUAACUCGAGUCCGAUUUCAGGAAUGAAGGAAAUGUGGAAGUCUCUGGACAAAGGGUAGUAAACUGACUAAGAAAGGAUUAAGUUCAGAAUUUGUCAAGCUCUUAAACCUGAAGACCCUUUCUGAUACAAAACAGUAGUGCAGUAGCCCUACAUUUUAAAGUUGCUGGUGUUUUUUAUUGUCCACAAGCUUUGUUAAAAAAUGGAAAAAUUGGGCAGGCCUGUUGUUUGGUCAUGUAUGAGUUUUAGUGUACUCAGGAAAAAGGCUAACAUUUAUUACACCUGAGGAAAAAGAAAAUGUUUCUCUUGGAGUCAGAUGGUUGAUUUACAGCCUCCACAACAGAAGGGCAUGUAGGCAGCCCACUAACAGCUGAACUCAGUAUCAAAGGUUCUUAAAUGUUAAGUGGAAUGUUUGCCAAAUGCUUGUAAGAUUGCAUCUCAAGAUUGAGAGUGUCUGUAAUUACCUAAUGAGAGACCAUAUUUUCUUACCCCUGAAGCUGGGAAUCAGGGUUUACUAAAAGUUGAUGUUUUAGCAUCUUCGGAUAAACUUUUCUAAUGCUUAUAAUACUUAAACUGUGUUCCCCCACUGCACAUGCCUAUUCAUUACCUAAUUUCUCAUCAGGUUCAAAAUUUUCUUUGGCUUAAAUUGUCACUACUAGUUGUACUCAAACUCUUAAUAGAAUUAACUGUUUAUAAUCAAAUUCUAAGCAUACUAUGAAUGAUAAGGUGAACAUGGAAUAGUGGAAGAUAACACAAGCAUUUCCAUGCAGCAGUAAAAUGCUGAUGGCAUGUAAUGUGUUUGCAUUUUGCUGCUGGGAACCUGUGCAAAUUGGUUAUUGUAUCAAAUGGAGUCUGCUAUUAAACACACUACACAGCCUUGUUGAACUGCACAAAUGUUUGGAAAUGUUUUGAAAUGAGCAAAGCAACUUUUAAAAACAACUGUUCAACAUAGCCUGAAGUAUCCUGAGUGAACAAAAUACAAGUAAUUUUCGGACACUACCGUAUUUAAUCUGUUUCAUGUAUGGAGAAGAUUUUGUAGAAGAUGCAAGUAUAGCAGACUACUAAAAUUUUGACUAAUGUGAGAAAAUUCACUGACUUACCUUUUGUAGAUUAGUAAUAUUCUGGUAUUUUUGACAAUUAAGACAAACUGACACUGAACAAAACAAAAGGGAAGAAAAGUAAAAAGUACCUCAUUCUGAAGCAUGUGAUUAGUCUUUAAUUCUUUUGAUAGGUUUAAAAUUCAGCAGUUUCUGUGCUUUAUGAUGUUUCAGUCAAGGGGGUAUUUUAAUUUCCUAACUCUUGGUCAUAGGUAGGCUUGAAUCUUGAACUCUUGGAAUCCUAGUUUUAUAGAUUAUUUUUUUCUGACUGAGUUGAGGGCAACCAAUUUCUUUCUCUAACUCAGCUUGCUGUAUCCAACUUAUUUUGUGAAGCCUUCUUCCCUGUCAGCAAGUCGUCUUGUGAGCCAAGGUUUACCAAAACUAUGGCACAUGCUGAUUAGUAAGGUAAAGGAGAAAGCUUUUUUUACUUGCAAGUCGUUCCAUUGCAUUACACUUACUGUGCUGUCACUUUAUUUCCUACAGUUCCAUGCUGGACAGCUGUAUUGGGCUUAACCUUGCCAACUACUUCUUAAUAACUCUAGUCUCUUCCUGAAAAUGUGAGGUUUGGAGAAAUUUAAAUAUGAAUUACAAGGAUUAACGGGGGGGGAUUCUAGUAUGUGCCUUUGAAGUGUAAUGUAGCAGCUUCUGCACUGAGCCAGUAUUGAAUUAUUUCUAAUGUUGGCUCAAAAUGCUUUUUUUUUUGUUAAAGCUAUAUUGUGGAUCGUUCCACAAUGAGAGUUCAUUAAAAGCAGGGUGGGGAGAGGGAAUACCUUUUUAAAAUGGAGUCUUUGUGAUUCCACACUUUGCGAUGGUUAUAUUCCAAAGCCUGGAAAAGCUUUUGUCUUUAUUUUUCAAGUGUUCUUCACAAAAUAAAGAGUGAUUUAUAGAUG